UGUGCGUGUGUGUGUGGGAGCAGCGAUUCCUCUGAGGCUGGAGUGUAAACUGCGGCCGCUCCGCUCGCCUUUACGCGCGCUGUAGCCUGGAGUCCCACUGACGAAGUGACGUGAGCGCCUGACGAUGCUAAAUGGCAGGACUUGAAAUAGCCCGUACCUACCAGUCUGCCCUCCCACUUGCUGCUUGUCAGCACUACGGCAGUUCCUAGGUUUGCUUUUGGAGAGAAUUUUGAAACUUAAAAAAUAUUUUUUUGAAAAAACUCGUUCAUUUGUAUUUUUUGUUUUCUUUAAGGGGGAGGAUAACUUUUUCGAGAAACUCGAAGCAGGAGGAGAUGGAUAUUGAUCCACCGACUAAUGUCUCCUUUUUCGAUUUCGUCGGAGGAGUCCAGCUCCUCCGGGGAGAGGACACCCGGACCGCCAUGCCCGUCCUCCUGAUCGGGAUCUGCGUGUCCGGCGCGGUGUGCAACCUACUGGUGUUGCUGAUCUUCAUCCGCGACUUCCGGAGCGGCAGGGGCUCUGAGAUGAAAGCCCUCCUCGCCUCGCUGGCCUCCACGGAUCUGGCCAUCCUGCUGCUGUGCGCGCCCGUGCGCGCCGUAACCUACUACAGACAGACCUGGACCUUGGGGAGCUUCGCGUGCCGCACCACGGACUGGUUCCAGCACUCGUGCGUGAUCGCGAAAACUUUCAUCCUGGUCGCGACCACCAAAGCCAAGCACACGUUGCUGCCGCGCGCCGCCGCGUCGCAUCCCGUCCACAGCCCCACGUGGAUCCACGGAGCGCUGGCGUUCAUCUGGACGGUGUCCGUGAUGUUCCCCAUCCCGCAGAUGCUCUUCGCCGCCUUGGUGCCGCGCGGCGACGACUUCGUCUGCGUCUCCGAGAUGCCGGUGUGCGCGUCUGACUUCAUGAGUUUGUUCUACAAGAUCUACCCGACCGUGGCGUUCGUGGCGCCGGUCAUCUUCACGAUCGCGUACUACACCAAAACUCUGUACACCGCCGUGAACCACGCGCCGAGCCCGCGACAUCAGAGCAAGGUGGUGCUGGUCCUGCUGUGCCUGAGCGGCGCCGUGGGGCUCAUGCUGCUGCCCGAGUGGGGGACGUUCACGUGGAUCAGACUGGGCUACAACAGACCCCCGGCGGGGCUGAUGAUGUUCGCGCAGGUCCUCCUUUACGCGUGCAGCGCCCUGUCCCCGGUCGUCCUGAUGACCAUGUACGACGACGUGCGCCAAGGACUGGUCGCGAUCUGGUUCGUCGCAACUUGCAGGAGCGACAAGCACGAGCCCGAGGUGGAGUGCCCGCACACCGAGGGGAACGGGGCGGAGGUCGCGGCGAACGCGGUGGGCAACGCCGUCUCACAGACGAAGGAGGCGACGUUCCCCGACGUGGAGCACUUCUGGACGGGGCGCCGGAACACGCACGUGGAGGACGAGCACGAUCCGGUUCCGUGGGAGAAAGAGGAGAAGAUGCUGUAAUGAACUUUUUUGUUGUUGUUGUUGUUGUUGUUUAUUUGUUUUUUAGCAGGAUAUUUUCAGUUUGUUGUUGGCUGCUUUAUAAUACGUCCACCCACUCAGACCUUUACUAAAGGCGGUAGUGGUAUUGUGAGCAUGAUUAGAUGUAAUAUAAACUUGUACACUAUAUGGUUUGGUGUUGUACAGAGCCGGCCCAAGGCAUCGGCAAACUAAGCUGGUUACGGGCCUCCACGCCAGCAGGGGAACUAAAGAGCAGUAGAAUUGUCACAAAAGUUUUAGAGUAAAGGGUUUUUUUUUUCUAUUUGUAUGAGAGGACAUGUUUUGCUUUGCACGUUUACAUUUGGGAUUCACAAUGUUUAAAAUGUUAUUUAUUCAUUAGUGUAGUCCUAAAAAAUGCAUAGCAAAAACAUUCUGUUCAUUUGUUUUUAUUGUUACAUUUUUUAACAUGGGAUUUUUAAAAAUUUUUCUUUAAAUGUCUUAUUUCUUGAUUAAUACUAAUGCAUCAAAAUAAAUGGUAAUGUUAGUUGAAAAUAUAACUCCAACUUUUAAGCGAAAUCUUUUACAUUAGAAUUUUAGUACAUGAAAAACUUUAAGUACAUAAAUGUUGAGUAUUUUUAAAAGUUAUUUACUGUGCAUAUGCUUUAUCAUAUGUGUUUCCUGUUUAUUUAUUUACUUUCUAAUAACUUGACUUUUUUAAUUUUCAAAAAUUAUGAAUAUUAUAAUAUUUUUUGUAGUACAAUUUGAAUUAAUAGACAGUGAUAUUCUAAACUUUACAUGUAAAAUCAUAUAUUGUUAAAUAUCAAGUGGGAGAGAUAUUAGUAAUCUAAGUCUUGUUUUAUUAUUACAAUGUACGUUUUAGGAUGUAACUCUAGAGUUUGACUCUAAAGACUUUUCUGCUUAAAAUAUUUUUGUUUUUUGUUUUUUCACACUAUGUGAAGUGAAUGUAAUUCAAGCAUCAUGCAGUUCUUUGUCAAUCAAUAUAAUACAUUGCAUGCAUGAUCUGACUGUCUAGUUGUAAAUCUUAAUUCUAAAUAUUUAUAAUUAUAUAAGAUAUGGAGGCUUUAGGGGAGGGAACAUUAGUUGAGCUGGAGGAUCAAAUUAUGUCUAACUCCCAAUGAAGCCUUGGACCAGCUCUGUUUCUACUUACUCUUUAAACUUUUAUUUUGAAUAUCUCUUCUCACUUACAACUUUGAUGCACUGUCUAUAGGACAUGUUUAUUUAUAGGUUUCUCUUUGUGUGACACGUG